AUGAUCCGCCACGACCGAGACCCACGAUUCAUGGGUCGGGUGUUCAAGCACUUCUGCGAGAUUCUCGGGAGCAGACAGCGCGCGACCCUGGCCUACCACCCCCAAGCUAACGGACAGCAGGAGAGGUCAGUGCAGACAGUGAUCCGAAGUGUCAAGGCGUACGUCCAGACGGUAGACCAGAGUGACUGGGACGAGUUAGCCGAAAAGCUCAUGUGGGCGCUGAACACCUCUUUCGACUUCACCCGACUCGAUACACCAUUCUACUUAGAGCACGGCUGGGACGCCCAGGGCACCGUUGAAGCCAUGAUGGGGGACUUCCCCCGGGACGUCCAACUCCAAGACGCCCAGGAGUGGCGCACGAAGAUCCAACGCCAAGUCGAGUACGCUCGAGCCUGGGUCCGGGACCUCCAAGCAAAGGCAAAAAGACGCCGAGCCGAGGACCAUAACCGGAAAUUGAAACAGCUCACGGACCGGCUCAAGGAAGGUUUUGAGGUCGGAGACUCAGUUUGGCUCUACCUAGCCCGGGUCCGCCCCGGACUCACCAAGAAGCUGGCUCACCUGUGGCACGGUCCGUUUCGGAUCCCGGAAAAGGGUAGCGACUACCGGUACCGCCUCCAGGUCGGGGGGACCGAAUACCGAUUUUACCCCUGGGUCCACGUUAGCCGGCUGAAGCCCCGAGCUAAAUACCCCGAACGGCCCUCGGAGACCAUGAAUAUCCCGGAGGACGACGACUUCGACGCCGCGCUGCUCCGUGAAGGUAGCUGGGAGCCCGACGAAGGCUCCGGGGAGUUCGAAGUGGAAGCAAUACUUGAUGUGCGUUAG